GAAGUCCCCUGCACCUGGCUUCCUACAAGGGCCACAUCGAGGUUCUGCGCAUUCUGCUGAAGGCCGGCUGCGAUCUUGACAUCCAGGACGAUUGUGGUUUCUCCUGCGUGCGGACACCUUUUCUAUUUCUCUAAGACUGUCACAGUAGUAUUGUAAUGACCUCCAGUGACCUAGAGUGGGAUUAUUUGGACUGCCAUCUUGAGGGAUACAGCAGCCCUCCACGGGGCUCACCCCCUGGGUGGAGGUCGUCCCCCCUAGCCCUCCCCAGUCCCACACCCACAGAUAACAGCCCAAACCUCUGGCGCUCCCAAAUUCUCUCCAUCUGGUCAAUGAGCUCCCGAUCCCGAAUGGGCCGCAGCGUGUCCCCAGCCACCAAUGGGGUGAGUGGCCCCGAGAAGGAGGAGGGGAGAGAGAGACGGCAGUGGAGGAAAGCUGCUGGGACUGGGUCUGGGAGAUCAGGGAGAGUGAAGAAGGAGGGUGAGCAGACAGCCUUACAUCGGGCAGCCGUGGUGGGAAACAGUGACGUUAUCUCUGCCCUCAUCCAGGAAGGGUGUGCUCUGGACAGACAGGACAAGGACGGUAACACUGCUCUGCAUGAGGUCUCGUGGCACGGCUUCAGCCAGUCUGUCAAACUGCUGGUUAAGGCCGGAGCCAACGUUCACGCAAAAAACAAGGCAGGGAACACAGCCCUCCACCUUGCUUGUCAGAAUGGCCACGCUCAGAGCUCCAAGGUCCUGCUGCUGGGUGGGUCCAGGCCUGACAGCAAGAACCAUGUAGGUGACACGUGUCUGCAUGUAGCGGCCCGCUACAACCAUGUGUCCAUGCUCCGCACCCUCCUGGGAGCCUUCUGCUCCGUGGCAGAGAAGAACCAGGCUGGGGACACACCACUGCAUGUUGCAGCUGCACUGAAUCAUAAGAAAACAGUGCGGCUUCUGCUGGAGGCAGGAACAGACAGCAGCAUCCGCAACAACGCAGGCCAGACUGCACUGGAUCAGGCCAGAGAACACAACAACCCAGACGUAGCCCUUCUCCUGACCAAAGCGCCUCAGGUCCAGAGGUUUACCCGAGGCAGGAGUGUGAGGAAGAGGAGGGACAAGCUGAAGGCUGAUCGCCGAGCACAGUCUGUCCCCAGGGAUGACAUGCUGCCCAGGAAGGACAGCGCAUCUGCUGCUGACGACACCCCCAGCAGCGACCGCGUCGCCCGCAAACAUGAGGUGAUUGAGGCGAGCAAGAGCACAGACAGGGAGCUCAGAGAGAAGCCAUCGCUCUCAGAACCCCUCCGUCGUAGAGGGAACAAACAUGGAGAGAAGAGGCGGGGCAAACUGCGAGGCUCCUCCCCCCAGCCCCCACUCCCCCCACACAACUACAAGGCCUAUCAGCUGUACACUCUGUACCGAGGCAAGGAUGGCAAGGUCAUGCAGGCCCCUAUCAACGGCUGUCGCUGUGAGCCUCUGAUCAACAAGCUGGAGAACCAGCUGGAGGCCACCAAGGAGGAGAUGAAGACGGAGAUCCACACGGUGCAGGACCUGAUGAACAACAAGAUGGGACAGCUGGACCGCAAGAACAAACAUCAGAUCCGUGCUCUGGAUAAGAUGACAGUAGAGAGGGUGUCAGCGGAGAGGACAGAGUGCCAACACAGGAUCAACCAGAGAGCCAUGCAGGAAAGACAGGAGGGGGAAAAGAGACAGCAGGCAUCAGUGGUGAACGAGCUGAAGAACUGGUGCAUGGCCAAGCUCCAGAACAUCGAGGUGCGCUUCGCAGGAGACCCCUGCAACACCAAGCUGCGCCGGUCCUCGUCCAUGUCUGAGGGCCUGUGUGAGGUGGACCCUGGGGGACUCACCGUGCUGCCUGCUGGGGGGCCUGGGGACAGCGCCCAGUGUCUGGCCCCCCACAUCACUGAUGUCACCGAGGGAGACCGCAACACCGCCGCGACAGAGGACCCCUCAGCCAACCACUGCUUUGCUGUUCAGGUGGACAGCUCUCCAGACAGUGAUAAACAUCCCAAGCAAGCGGAGAUCUCCUCCCCAACUACUGCCAAGUUCCUGUCACAGUCUCCCCAAGUAGUGCGACCCAAGGAGCGCUUGCUAGGUGCUACUGAACACCGGAGGCCAUAUCAGGAACUGCAGGACGUGGCGCUGCUGGAGUUGGGACCGAGCAGCAGGAGCAGCAGAAGCAACAACAACCGGGCCAGCAGUCUGUCCCCAGCGACAGAGCGCCACUGUAGCAGCAGASAGGACAAGGACCUCGACAGGGAAAGAGAUAGAGACCGGGAGCGGGGCAGGGACAAGGGCAAGCACCACAAGAGGCACUCCCAGGGCAGGACUAAGGCCAAGGUUGCCCCGGUGGGGCAGGCCGAGGGGACUCAGACUCUGGAGGUGUUUGAGGAAAGAGCCGUGGAGAGAGGCGGAGGGGAGAGCUCCUUUGCCCAGGAAAGGGAGAACAUGCACGCCCUGGAGGUGACACAGUACUUCUUUGAGGCGGUGUCGACCCAGAUGGAACACUGGUAUGAGAGGAAGAUCCAGGAGGCCAGGUGGCAGGCGGACCAGAGGGCCCAGGCAGACAGGGCUGCCCUGCUGGAGAGGAUCACCUACCUGGAGGACGAGCUACGCAUGCUCAGGACUAACAGGCACGACGACAGCUAACACAGACAUACCACUGCAGAGUUUAAAUCAGUGGAGGCUGCUGAGGGGAGGAAGGACGGCUCAUAAUAAUGGCUGGAAUAGAGCGAAUGGAAUGGUAUACUUAUUCCACUCCAUUACCACAAGCCCAMCCUCCACAAUUAAGGUGCCACCAACCUCCUGUGGUUUAGAGUUACACAUUCAGAACGGCAAAAACCAUCUGAGGUCAUUACAGAUGGCAACCUGGAUCUAGUGGACCCACUAGUAGACUUGACCAUAAAUUGGCCAUACAUUUGUCAUUGACCAUGCACCUUCUCUACAGAAUUMKAUACAUAUAUCUAAUAAUGUCAUGCAACAGUAGAAAAUAAUKAAUUUGUAAUGGUAACUUAUUAAUGAGAAAUGUUAUGGCAUGCCAGACAAUUCAGUAUAAUGUUGUCUUGUUAAUCAUGUGUUUUGUUGUAUACACCUGGGCAGCUCCUGUGUGUUGUGCUUUGUAAAAACCCCAGUAAAUGUACUGCUAGUUACAAUGGAUCUGUCACAGUGCCAUUAUUGAACUGGAACACCCACACAUAUUGGCACAUUGAUAGCUUGUCCUCAACAUGCCAAUACUCCAGUGCUUUUUAUCCUGUGACGCAAAAGCCUGUUAUGAGAAUCAUUCUGGGGGUUUGUGGAAAAUGUGGGUCAUUUUUAGUGACAUUGUAAAAAACAAAUGAGAGAGUAGAGGAAAAUGAGAGCAGACAGCUUCAGGAAUAGUUUUGAGUUCGCCAGGAUGCUUAACAUAUCAGUAGAAUAAACUACUGCAAGCUUUCAUAUGUGACAUACAAGUGCAACAGAACUCACGAGAAUACAGCCAAACUGAAAGUGUCUUAACUGAAGAGAAGUUGUGCUUUCAAAACUUUAGUACUCAUCCACUUCUGCUCCAGCCCACUAUUUCUUUGAUGGUAAAAACUCCAUAACACCCUAAUGUUUAUCCUCAGCACUAAAAUGAGUUACUGUUAGGAAGACCAUGUUGGCAUGAUGAAAAGUAAAAUAGACUACUGUAAAUGUGUUACCGUGCUCAUAGGUGACACUUGUUCUGUUCAUGUGAGGUCGUUGUACAUUGAUGUCUCUGCUGAUAUGAACAUACAUUCUGUCUAAUGAAGUCA